ACUGAGCCGAGACAUGACUGACAUUGCCAUACUGUGCUGGACGCUGCUGUGGACCGGGCCAACUGCAGGGUUGACAGCGCCCCCUGCGGAACUGGGGGUCACACAGUCUCCCGGGCGUCUCACUGUGCUGCGGGGUGAGACAGCCACUCUGUGCUGUCACUUCACUGUGCCGUCUCAGUGGCGUGGGUUCCAGUGGUUCCGGAUGAACCCGGACCGGCAGUCCAUCCUCCCCUCUGCUCGCUACGUCUUCCUGGAGAAGAAUCAAAGCUCCUCUCUGCUGAUCACUGAAGCGGCACCAAAGGAUUCUGGGGAGUAUUACUGUGAGGUCAGUGUGCCUUACCAAGACCCAGAGUGGGGCAACGGAACACUGCUCACUGUGUUAGCCCCUCCAUCUUCUCCCAGACUGUACUUGCAGACUCCAGCAGACCCACAAAUCGACCUCUUCUCUCUGGUGUGUGUCACAUGGGGGUUUUACCCGAGUGACCUCAGCCUCUACUGGACCAAUCGGAGCGCGGCAAGCCCCAUCGAUCGGCUCUCAAUCAACAACUGCACUCUCUCCUCCUCCAGCAACACCACUACUGCUACUGCUGACCCACUCCAAAGUCCACAGUGUGUCCGUCUGGAGGACACAAGGACCAGUGAAGUGUAUCUGAUCAGUGUGCUGCCUCUGCCAGACAGAGAGUAUAUGGAAGCAGGGGUGACUUAUGCCUGUGUGGUAGAGGGACAUCCUGCCAUGACGGAGCCUCUGACUGCAUCCUACAUGUGGGAAGCCCCGCCCAACCUGCUGAUCGGAGCUCUGAACAUACUCAAGAUGUGUUUCCUCUCCGCGAUGACGGCCAUCUUUUCUUUAGAAGCUGUCAAGCACUGGUGCAGUUAAACCCAUGUCCU